UUUUCUCUAUCUUUGUUUGUAUUUUGUGUGUUUUUAAUGAAAUUUUUACAUAUCAACAAUCAAAUUAAAUAUGAAUUGAUCAAAUUGAAUUUAAACAACAACAAAAACAAAAAUAUUUUUCCAUAAGUUUUUUGCUUAGUGCGUUUUCAAUUCAACGAUUUGGUUAUUUUACAUGAAAAAAAUUUCAAUUCACACACAUCACACACACUAAAACAGACAGUCAACACGUUAACGUUAUCAAUCAUCGCUGUUUUUAAUCUUCAUCGCAUUCUUCAUUUUUGACAACAAAAAAAGAAAGGAAAAAACAAACAAGAUGGAUAUCUGUAAAAUGAUAACCCGUGAAAAUCCAUAUGAUAAUGCCGGUAUUGUUAAACGUAAUUUCUUUAGGUUAGUCAUUUUAUUUCAUUUAAAAUAAAAAAACCAUUUUUUAAAAUUCAUCUUUCAUUCAUUUAUCAUCAUUAUCAACAACAGUUGGAUAAUACCAUUAUUCAAUGUUGGCUAUAGAAAAGAACUGGAAGUAAGCGAUUUAUGGAAAAAUCCAAAAGUAGAUUCAUCUGAACGUCUUGGUGCACGAUUACAACAAUUUGACUAACGAACAAACGAUGACGACAACGAUGCUUUCCUGGUGCACAUUGUCCAUAUAUUAGAUAUGAUAAUUUUCCUUUUUUUUGAAUAAAAAAUAUUGUUUAAAGAUGCCA